AAUCUCCAUCAAACGAAACAAAACAAAAACGGGAAAAAUGCAGCCCAAAAUCAGUUCAUUCUUCAAAACCCCCUCAGAUUCUUCCUCUUCUGCACCGAAAUCCGAUGACCCGCCUCCCGUUUACGACGAUUUGUUCCGCGAUGAAGUCACCAACAGAAAAGAACCAGAAAUUCGAAUCACAUACCAACGUAGACGACCUCCAAACCCACCAAAAAGUGGUAGUGAUGGUGGAUCGGUGGGGGAUAUGCCAAAGAGAGCUGAUUUGGGGGACCUGUCAUCAAAACCAGUGCCAUCUUUAUCUAGGAAAGUAUUGAACAAGAAAAGGAGCUAUGCCCAAUUCCAUUUAGAGUUGGGUCAGUCUGACUUUCUACUACACUCGUGUACCACAUGUGGAUUCAAAUAUGCUGCUGGGGAUGAAGGGGAUGAGAAGGUCCACAAGACAUUCCACAAGGAUUACACUCAUGGUAUUCAAUUCAAGGGUUGGCGAAAUGAGAGAGAGAUUCAAAUGCCUGCGCUAAAAGGGAGUCGUAUAAUUUUGGUGUUGGAGGAUGACCCUGCUCAUCAAAGGAAUAAGGUCCAGGAGGUUGUAAAGAUGAUGGAGAUGGAGCUUGGUGAGGAAUGGAUAUUUCAUAAGCACUGUAAGGUGUACCUAUUUGUUGAAUCCCAAAGAAUUGCUGGCUGUCUAGUUGCAGAACAGAUAAAGAAGGCAUACAAGAUCCUCUCAAGCUCAAAGGGUGGAGGAGGACACAAAGGUACUGGAGCAAAGGAUGCAAGACCAGAUUCAACUACUCUCCAAUUUGGUGAAGUGAUUUUUCAGAGGGAAGUAGCAAGAAAAGCCACAUCACAUACCAGUUACGAGGUGUUGGAAGGCAACCGCAGUGGAGCCAUAUUCUGUGAAGAGGAAACUGUUCCAGCUCGAUGCGGCAUCAGAGCCAUUUGGGUCAGUCCCUGCAACAGAAGAAAACACAUUGCAAUCCAUUUACUUGAUGCUGCACGGAGAAGUUUCUGCAUGGAAGUAGUCCUAGAACACUCUCAGCUGGCAUUCUCCCAGCCAACUUCAGCUGGAAAGGCACUGGCUUCUACUUAUACAGGAACUCCCUCUUUCUUGGUGUACAAGGCCAGUGAUUCCGACUGCUAGUUUAUAACAAAGCCUACGCUAAUUUUGGCCGCGUUCCAACCAUGAAUAGGCUGAUCUCUUAUUUACUAUGUGGACUGGACAUUUUGUCCAGAUGAGAAAGGGAUUCACUUGAAAUGAAAUCGUGGAUAACAAUGCAUAAGGAGUGUGGCCUUGCUUUCGUGAGUUGCAAUGGGAACAAAAGGUAGUUUAACCUAAAUUUUGAGAAUGAGAAGAGACUGAUUCUGUGUAAUUGUGAAAAAAAUGAGUAGCUAAAGUAGAAAAGUCUAUUUUUGAGGUUAA